AUGUCUAUCAUGGACCACAGCCCCACCACAGGCAUGGUCACGGUCAUUGUCAUCCUCAUCGCCAUUGCUGCACUGGGGGCCUUGAUCCUGGUUUGCUGGUGCUACCUGCGGCUACAGCACAUCAGCCAGUCGGAGGAGAGCAUUGUGGGCGAUGGCGAGACCAAGGAGCCCUUCCUGCUGGUGCAGUACUCGGCCAAGGGACCGUGUGUGGAGAGGAAGGCCAAGCUGAUGACCUCCAGCGGCCCAGAGGUGCACGGCUGA